AUGACCGAAGCACAAUUGGAGCCAAUGAGGUUAUCGGACCCUGCUAAUUGCUAUCCUGACCAGAAAAGGUGUCGUGUGCAUUUUGAAUGUGACAUGAUGCAAAUUUUCUCACUAAAAUUGGCUAUAGUUCCUAUGAGCACAAGCUCAGUGCAAUUAUAUGGAUAUAUAGCAGCACGUGAUUAUCUGGAUUUAUCGCUUAAUUAUAUUGUCAAUCGUAGCAGGGACAACCCCCUUACGGUGCGACAGGGUUCCCUCAUUGAGAUGACUGGCCCUAAGAGGGGCAUCACAAUGACCAGCGCUGUUCUAGUUGAGUAUGACAUGAGGAUCAUGAAAGGAGAGCAAGAAGAAGAUGAUCUACAACUAAUUGACGGUGCAACAGACUUCUGCGAAGUAACCACACCUUCUUGUCCAUCCACGUAUCGUAUUAAUGGCGAUUGUGGUGCGGUUGACAUCACAUUAGCAUGCGUUGUCAAUGCAGUGGAGGCCACAAUAGAUGUUAUUGUAUCAGAAGUGCAGAGUGGAUUCAGUUUAUCUCUCAGUUCAUUUGUGUUUGUCGGUGGGUCACGUCAUGGAAUUGAGCUUUUUUGUGAUGAUGUUGGCGAGUCAUGUGUCUUAACAAGAAGAUAUGUGAUGGCCGUAGAGAUGGAUAGUUGGAUGCAGUUGAAACUCAAGGUAGGUCAGAAAGGUUCUAAAUAUGAUGACCUGGAACGUUAUUGUCGCUUCAAAGCACACAUCCAUGGAUACGCACGUCGACAAAUACAGCUUGAGCAUGCCUCUAUCUGGCUGAAGGUGACUUGGUCGGCUAUGCCAUAA